CACGCCCCCUUCCCGCGCCGCUGACCGCCCGUGCGGGAGCUGCGGGACCCGAGGCGCCCCUGCCUCCGCUCUGCCGGCCUGGAGACGGGGCCACAGCGCGCCCCCCGGGGGUCCCCAAGAUGCUGAGAUCGACGUGGAAUUUUCUGAAACGUCACAAAAAGAAAUGCAUCUUCUUGGGCACGGUGCUCGGAGGAGUGUAUAUUCUUGGGAAAUAUGGACAGAGGAAAAUCAGAGAAAUACAAGAGAGGGAGGCUGCAGAGUACAUUGCCCAGGCACGACGGCAGUAUCAUUUUGAAAGCAACCAGAGGACUUGCAAUAUGACAGUGCUGUCCAUGCUGCCCACUCUGAGAGAGGCUCUGAUGCAGCAGCUCAAUUCUGAGAGCCUCACCGCUCUGCUCAAAAACAGGCCUUCAAACAAGGUAGAAAUAUGGGAAGACCUGAAGAUAAUAAGUUUCACAAGAAGUAUUGUGGCUGUAUAUAGUACUUGUAUGCUGGUGGUUCUUUUACGGGUCCAGUUAAAUAUAAUUGGUGGAUAUAUUUAUCUGGAUAAUGCAGCAGUUGGCAAAAAUGGCACCACAGUUCUUGCUCCACCAGAUGUCCAACAGCAAUAUUUAUCAAGUAUUCAACACCUCCUUGGAGAUGGCCUGACAGAAUUGAUUACUGUCAUUAAACAAGCUGUACAGAAGAUUUUAGGAAGUGUUUCUCUUAAACAUUCUUUGUCCCUUUUGGACUUGGAGCACAAACUAGAAGAAAUCAGAAAUCUCGUUGAGCAGCAUAAAUCUUCUUCUUGGAUUAAUAAAGAUGGAUCCAAAUCUUUAUUAUGCCAUUAUAUGAUGCCAGAUGAAGAAACUCCAUUAGCAGUUCAGGCCUGUGGACUUUCUGCUAGAGAUGUGACCACUAUUAAACUUCUCAAUGAAACUAGAGACAUGUUGGAAAGUCCAGAUUUCAGCACAGUUUUGAAUACCUGUUUAAACCGAGGUUUUAGUAGACUUCUAGACAAUAUGGCUGAAUUCUUUCGACCUACUGAACAGGACCUGCAACAUGGUAACACCAUGAAUAGUCUUUCCAGCGUCAGCCUGCCUUUAGCCAAGAUAAUCCCAAUAGUGAACGGACAGAUCCAUUCGGUGUGCAGUGAAACUCCCAGUCAUUUUGUUCAGGAUCUGUUGAUGAUGGAGCAAGUGAAAGAUUUUGCUGCUAAUGUAUAUGAAGCUUUUAGUACCCCUCAACAACUGGAGAAGUGAUUUUUCCUUCAAGAAAAACUACAGUGGGACUCAUUUACUUUUAAAUAUACACUGAACAAAUCAACUAUACCUAGAAUGACAGUUUGUUACCAAAACAGCUAAUAAAAGUAUAUUCUUAAUCAAAGACUUCAUUUCAUAAGGAAAUAAAUCUAUUUGGCAUCUUAA